GCCUCAAUCUGCAGCAAAAUGACAGUUAAUGUGGCCAAUAAAGCGGCCAGUCAGAGCCAGCAGCACACGGAAAAUGAAAAUUGUAAGAGCAGCAGCAAUAAUGGUGAUAGAAGUGGCAUUGGAAAUGGAAAUGGAUAUGCCAGUGGUAGUGGUAGUGGUAGUGGCGGGGAAACAGGAGCAGUCGUGCCGCCCAACAUGGCUAAUGGUGGACUAGGCCCGAGCGAUGGUCAUUCGGCAUGCAAGGCACGCAGCUCCCGAGACAAUGCUGCUGGCGGCGAACCAUGCGAGGCGCUCCAGCGGCCAUGGAUACAGCUGAGCGGCCAGUUGGUCGGACAGGGGCUGGGGGCGGGCCAGUCAGCGACAGAGGGAGCGGAUGACGUACUGAGUGACAUAUUGACGCACGCGCGUGCGCGUGCUGUAUACAGUUGCAACAACAACAAAACAGCAACGGAAGUGGCUACGAAAUGUGAGUACGCGCAAGUCGAGCGUGAGAGCCAGAGCCAGAGUCAGAGCCAGAGCCAGAGCGUGAGCGCAGACGCUGGCCAACAACCACCCAGCAGUAGCAGUAGCAGUGGCAGUGGCAGUGGCAGUAGCAAUAACAGAAACAACAAAAAGAGUGGCAACGGGUGCAGCGCCUGCUCAAUACCUACAAUUGGCAGUGAGCUUUCCAAAGCCAACCUUGUAGCAGCAGCAGCAGCGGCAGUCGUCGCAGCUGAGCAGCAGAAGCAGCACCAGCAGCAUUUUUCCACAUCCUCAAAAUUGUGCAAAUUGUCCAAUUCUGGUGAAAAUUGUGUGGAAAUCAAUCAGGCUAAUCCGCGUGCUGGACUCUACUCCGGACAGGCGGAAACGAAAGACCACCAGCGGGCCACAAAGAGAAGAAUCUGUGCUCUCGACGCGAACCCCGACCCCGACCCCGACCACGACCCCGACAGCAACUCCGACUCCGACUCCAAAUGUGACGACGACGCGCGACGUACAGAAAAGUUUGUAGAAAAAGACGGGCAAAACGCACUGUCUGCUUGUGUGGUAGGAGAUUUUUUUUAUAUUUGUGAAAAUGUGCAAAGUGCCACUGAAGAAAGUGCAGCAGCUGUAAGAGCAGCAGCCUUAAGCUGCCACAGCCACGACAAGUCGAAGGAGCAGGAGCAGAAGCAGAAGAAGAAGCAGCAAGAGGAGUGGCAGGCGCCAUUGUCAUUGCCAUAUUUGCAGCCAGACCCCCCCAGUCCAUCCUUGGCUGGCAGCGUUGAUUAUGUUGCUGGUGUUGCUGUUUUCCGCCCACCACAAAGUGUCCCCGUUGUUGUUGCUUGUGGUUACGUGGAUUACGUGAAAAGCGUCACAAACAACAAGGCCGCCCCAGGCCAGCCGUCGGAGCAGCCCCCCGCAGCAGAAGUAGCUGUGCCUGUGCCUGUAGCUGUAGCUGUAGCUGUAGCAGAAGUAGCUGACAGAAGGAGCAAACUGCGUGAGGAAGCACAAGAAAGCGGCGCGGCAGAGCAGAAAGCAUCGCUGGAAUUGGAGCUCGGGGAGUCGGCUACAUUUGCAGCACUUAAGAAAAACGAGAAGCUCGUAGACUGUGAAUCAUUGGACCCACUUGUAUCUGCCAUCAAUUUGGCAAUUAGCUCGAGGGAGAACUGCAUCAGAGGAACAACAACGACACCGACAACGACAACAGUAACAGUAACAGCAACAGCAACAAGCUGCAGCGAGCACGAUCUCAUUGAUUUUGACGAUUUGGGCGAGGAUUUUGUAGCCAGUCAGCGGCUGAAACGCUUGCAAUACAAUUUUCAGGGACGCGUGAGCAGCAACAGCAACAGCAACAUUGAUUGUGUAAAGGCAUCCUUGAGGCUCGAACAACAACUACAGCAACAGCAACAGCAGAAAACAACAGGCAUAACAAAGAAACUACCCCCAGAGCCAGGAGCAGACCCCAACCUCAGCCCCAGCUACAGUCCGACAGGCACGACAGCCACGACAGGCACGACAGGCACGACAGCCACGACAGUGACGACACGCCAGUGCCCCCCCCAAUGUCAGCCCGCUCAAGACAAUAAAAUAGUUAAGGAGACUGCCGCCGAUGAAGUUGCGGCCGUGGCAAGCUCAAGUGCAAUUCAAUUAAAUGUAAAUUGUAUUCGAGUCGAGCAAUCGCCAAGUGAGAGCGAGUCACCUCCAGCGCUUGGACAAACAGCUGAACGGCAGAAGCAACAUUCGCUGAAUACGCGUACCGAGACGACACUGCGCCGGUGCGGAGAGAGCCAGAGUGCGGGUCAGAUUGGGGCGCUCACAUUGGCAGCUGCCAACGACCAAGUGGUUAUUGAAAUCGAAACGGACACGGACACGGACACGAACAUCGACAUCGACAUCCACGAGAAGACGGGGACUGGGACGGGGACGGACACAGCCAUCCGGAGCGCAUUUGUGCCGACCCAAGCCUCUGACGGCGUCCGCUUUGGCAUUAGCCAGGAGAAGACCGCCGCCGGCGUCACCUUUGCGACACCGCUCAGCGAGUUCGAUGUGCAGCGGUUCAGUGAGUACCUAACUGCAGCCCGUCAACUGCAGUGGGUCGACGUUGCCAUUAGCCAGAGCCUGAAUCCGAAUCCGAAUCCAGCUCAGAAUCAGCAUAAAACCCACAUCCAGCAUCGCAGCCAGACAGCACAGGGCCAUAGUCAGGUUGAUAAGAAGGCUGGAAACUUUCAGUGCUACGACGAACUGCUGGCAGAGUUCGUGAGCGAGCAACAGGAGUACGACAUCGACAUCGAUAGCGACAUCGAUAGCGAUAACAACAUCGAUAGCGAUAACAACAUCGAUAGCGAUAACAACAGCGAUAACUACAACGGUAAGGACAGCACAUGCCAGUGCCAUGAGUGCCUAGGCAGCUUCAAGGAUAGCCAGCAGGACACGGCCAGAGGGAUACCAGAUAGCAAUUUCAUCACUUGCACAAUAACAGCCAGGAACAGAUCCGCCCCAUCCGUCUUUGCUUCGGAAGCAGCAUCCGGAGACGGCCCGAAUAUGCGCGAGGUCAACGGUCAACUGCGUGGCCUUUUGAAGAAGCCCAAUCGACCGCCGCCAGCCCGCAAGAACCGUGUGGUCUUCGAUGAGACGCGCAACGAGUUUUUUGAGGCGGACUACAUUAUUUUGAUCCGCGAGGACUGUGCCUACGAUGAGGAGGACGAGGAGCCGUGCACUUGCGGCGAGCACGAGCUAGUGCGGCUCUGUUGCGAGGAGGGAUGCCAGUGCAACUACGCGGUCAAUGCCGCCGAGGCAGGCGAUGGACGAACGCCACAGAGUCCCAAAUAUCAGCCGCCAAUCGAGUUUGUUGACGACGCUGCCCUGAGCCCGCCCGACGGCUACAAGGACAGCAGUCUGAAGAACACGCUCGGAGGCGCGCUGAGUGGCCACAUCUUCGGGGCACAGCAUCUGCAACAGCUGCAGGUGAUCCAGCGCCUGCAGCAGCAGCGUGCAGCGAUGCUGGCCGCCCGCAACAGCACCAGUCAGAUACCACCUCCACCGCCUCCUGUGGGUAGUGCCCAGCAGCAACAGCAGCAGCAGCAGCAACAGCAGCAACAGCAGCCACAGCAUCAGAAGCAGCAGUCGGAGGAGGAACUGCAGGGCGUCUGCACGGAGUGUGCCGAGUGCGCGGAAUGUGCCGCCAAGCAACUACAGGAAGCGGAAUGCAGCUCCCCGCAGUGCCCAGAGGAGAUGACACCACUCGGGGUCGGGGUGCCGGCAGUGGCCCUGCUGCCCCUGCACACCAGUUCACCGGAGCGUCGCAUUACCCAGAAGGAGAUCAUCGCCGGCGAGGAGCGGCCCAAGUAUGUGCUGCAGUCCCAGUACAAGGCAUCGCCCACUGCAGUGACCGAGCGGCGCAUCAUCCGGGAGGCACACGAGGAUGUGGCAAGUGGGGGUGUGGCGCCCUCUGUCACUUCCGCUGCUGUUGCCCCAGGUGCGGAUAUGCAGCCACCCGCUUUGCCAGCCAAGACGAAUACUACGGUAACAGCGGCAGCCGCCUCUGCCGCCGCCGCCGCCGCAGCAUCUGCCACACCAGAGAAGCAGCCAUUCGAGGAGGAAAUGCCACCGCCCAUACCGCCAAAGGAGACCUCGCCCACCCAGAUAAGCGGCAUACUGAAGGGUGGCAAGCUUUGGAAGCAGGACUCAAUCUCCCAGCAGUCGGAUGACCAGAACAACACUUCGGAGGAGGAGAGCGGCACCAUAAGGCGCUCGGUGCGCUUUGUGACGGAGGACCAGGCGAAUGCCGGCGGCGACAGCGACGCCCAGUCCCUGGCUGAGGAUUUGGACGACAGCGAAAACCAGAUCAACGAGCUAAUCCCCAUCAAGAAGCAUUCGACCCUUUUUAACAACGCCUUGCGUCCGAACUCGGCGGUGCGCCAGCUGUUCCCCAGCGUUUCCGCUCACCAGGCCCCCGUCCUUACCUCGGAGGCACUGCGAGCCUUCGACGAGUCGAAGCGGGCCGGCUGCCUCGUGACCCACUUGCCCGGAAGCUGCGGCGACUCGGACACCCUGCGCCGCAGCAUGGAGCGCAACAUCCUUCGCCGCUCAUUGAUCAAAAAAAAGGCCGUCAAGUCGGACAUAUCGCUGGAGGACCGCAUCAAGCAGCUGACCUGCGAUAUCGACGAGGACUUGGCCGAGGAGCUGUCCCGGGACGUCGACGAGGACCCCGACCCCAGCGAGCGUGGCUCCGACGAGUUGGCGCAGCGCGACAGUCCCGCCGGCGAGGAGAACCCCAAUCCUGCCCCCAGCUCCGCCGCUGGACAGAAGUUCAUGAACGGGGAGAAGAGCUUCUCGCCCAGCAGCUCGGUGUCCAGCUCCUCGAGUGGAUCGUCGGCCUACAAAAAGAUCGCGGACAUAUUUAACCGCGACAAGAAGCAGGAGAAGAUCAUGGAGCUGGAGGAGAACCCAAUUGUCAUCAUACCACAGGAGUGUCGCUGUCCGGCUGCACCCGACUUGGGCAUGGGCAUCCAGGUGCCCGUGGUCCACACCCAGAUCCACCGUACCCCACCCCGCCAGACCGAGCCAAAGCGCCAGUUCCUCUCCUCCACCCUUGCUCCGCUCACCGCCUGCGUGGCUGGUAACAAGGACGACCUCUCUUCCUACUACACCCUUGCCGCCGGCGCCCACACCCACACCCACGGCCACACCCACGGCCAUAGCCACGCCCAUGCCGCCACAUACGCAGUGGCUGCCGCGGCCGACUUCCAUAUGGGCCAGCUUCUGGGCGCGGCCACAGCUGCAGCCGUCUCCGGGGACCCGGUUGCGCAGCACGCCGCGGCUAUGGCAGCACAAACCCUGGGCGGCAUGGCUACCGGGGCAGGAGCAGGAGCAGGAGCAGGUGGUGCUGGGGCUGGGGCUGGAGCUGGAGCUGGGGCUGGGGCUAGCGCAGUUUCGGAGGAGGUGCGCAAGGUGGCGCCGGACGUCAUCGCCGGCACACCCGGCCAGGAGGCCGCCAGCCGUCCCGAGCAGGACGAACUGGCCGUCUUCGCCCAAGCGGAGGCGAAGCGAACCGAACAGCUGAAGAAGCGCUACACGGGAGGGGCAGACCAGUCGCAGGCCAGCAGCGACGACGAUGAGCAGAACGACUACGGAUUCAACAAGCGGCCCUCGGUGCGCGGCAUCAAGCCGAAGUUCAGCUCAACCAACGAGAUCCUCGCCCAGAUGCAGGAGCAGCUCAACGCCUCCAUCCCCAUAAUGGUCAACAGCCAGCCGGUGCCGCAGGCGGUAAAGGGCUACGCUAUGCCCAACACUGCCAAGCCGAAUCCCUCGGCCCAGCACCAGCACCAGCACCAACAGCAGCAGCAACAACAGGCACAGCAGCAGCAUCAACACCAGCAACAACAGCAGCAGCAGCAGCAGCAACAACAGCAGCAGCAGAGACAGCAGCAGCAGCAGCAGCAACAUCAGCAGCUGCAACAGCAGAUGGCGGCAGCGAUGCAGGCGAACACAAUUGCCCAGCAGAAGACGGAACAGCGCACCUGGAGCUUCUACAGCGAGACCGGCGAGCAGCAGCGCUUUCCCAUCGACGCGGCCGCCAUUCACCAGACCUACUACCAGACCCUGCCUGCCGGCACCAUGUUCCGCCAAACGAUGAUCCAGCAAGGCGCGGCCGGCGAUGAAGCCUCGCUCCUCUAUGCCGCGGCUGCCGCCCAGAACUGUCAGAGCGUCACGGCCACUGCCACGGCGACGGCGACGGCUACGGCCACGGCCAUCGAGCAGAGCAAACACAGUAGCUACAGCAGCCACUUCGCACGUAGUCCCACUCGGCGGCCGGAGUCGCCGCCGCCGCUGAGGAACUACCACCAAACCAUGGUGCUGAUACCGUACAAUGCGGAGACGUACUCCCAGUUUGCUACAAGCAGUAGCGUGGACCCCAAGCUAGCCCACAUUCAGCGCCAGAACAUCCUGGAGUACCAGCAGGUCACUCAGCAAACGAUACGGGUGCCUAUCGGGUACGCCCUGCCCGGCAUGCAGCUGCAUGUGGUCAGUGGUCGCGGCCACGCCGCCCACUACGGCCAGCAUCAGCAGCAGCAGCAGCAGCAGCAACAGCAGCAUCAACAGCAGCAGCAGCAGCAGCAGCAACAGCAGCAACAGCGACUGAUGCCACAACACUAUCAGUUUGCGACGGAUGGUGGCAUUCCGGGCUUCAGCGAACGUGGCGUACCCGAGGGAGCCGCCACUGUCUCGCACAGCGACUGCAACGCCAUGGUCUCCCCAACAGCAGCAGUAACAACAACACAGCAGCAGCACCAACAACAGCAGCAUCAUCAGCAGCAGCAGCAACAACAACAACAACAACAGCAGGUUGGAAUCGGAGCUGGGGCUCAGGCCCAGCCACAUGCACAGGGAUCAGUGUACUACGCGAUGAACGUAUGACCCGCGCUCGAAUAGUCGCUGCCAGCGGCGGUCAUCGUCGAGCGCCGCCAGUGUCAACGCGUCGAGUUGUCAGCUACUUCAGUGCAUUUGGGUCGCGGCGGUAUGGACGGCGGCAGCGGCAGCGGCAGCGGCAGAUGAGCGCCUGCCCGACACCGCCCAGCGAUUCCAUGUUAAUCCUAUUCGCUGAUUUUAGUUGCCCUUGAGUUGAUCCUAGCCAGCGUCUUAGUCAUUUAUUUCUCUGUUGUUCUCUGUGCAUCCUUAACCGUGCUCCGUAAUCGUAUUCUGUCACCCGUUCCUGCGUGAGUCUCCCAUGUCUGAAUGCAUGCAUGUGAUGGUUGUGCGUGUGUGCGUGUGUCGUGUGUGACGUGUGUGACGUGUGUGUCGUUCCAUGCCCCUUCCAGCCCGUGUGCUACGUAUAUAUGUAUGUACACGCUAAAGCCUAGUUUGCACAGGACGAUACUGACGAUAUGUUGCCAAGACUAAAAACAAACUAACGAUAACCUGUUUUAUGAAAUUUCUUAUUAUAAUCAGCUAUACAUACAUACAAAGGCAUAUGUAUGUAUGCACGAGUAUUACUGACAUGGGAAAUUAUCUCACUUAAUGUUACACUAUAUUCCAAAAAUGAGUUUUAAGUUAUUGUUCUAGAAUCUAGAUUCCAGAGUAACAAUUGAAGGAUGAUGUGGAGCUUGUGGAGCUUGUGGAGCAGAAAAAUCGGGGAAACUGUUAACCUAAAUACAACCAAAUCACAUGAAUUUAUUUCGAGCAUGUACAAUGCUGGGUGCUACAUAGUAAUGCAACAACAACCACAAGAACAGAAACAAAGAAAAUGUAUUUAAUGAUAGUUAUAAGAUAUUCAAAUUACACUUAACUAAGUGAAACUGAAAGGAGUUACAUACAUAUACACACACAAACACAUACAUACA